AUGUCAUACAACCUUCUGCAUAUCGUUAAGCCUUUGGUGCCGUACAUACCAGAUGUCCAAUCACCAUCGAGAACAAUCACCUUCCAUGAAAGAUUUAUCUGGACAACACUUGCAAUUCUGAUAUAUUUGAUCUCAUCCCAGGUUCCUUUGUUUGGAAUAAUCUCAAAUGACGCUGCAGAUCCCUUACAAUGGAUGAGAGCCAUGAUGGCAUCCAACAGAGGGACACUUAUGGAUCUUGGAACAAGCCCUGUAGUUACAUCCAGCCUUAUAAUGCAGUUCCUGACGAUGUCCGAGAUACUAAAGGUUGACUGGUCUAUCAAGGAAGACAAGAAUCUUCACAAUGCAACUCAAAGACUUAUAUCACUCAUAAUGACGGUUGGCCAAGCAUUUGUACAGGUGUAUACGGGCUUUUAUGGCAGUCCAAAGAGUCUUGGUACAAUAUACUGCCUUCUUCUUGUUGUCCAGCUCAUAUUCUCGGGUAUUAUAAUAAUUCUCCUCGAUGAGCUCCUUCAGAAGGGAUAUGGCCUUGGAAAUGGAGUUAACCUGUUCAUUGCAACCAAUGUUUGCGAGAGCAUUGUCUGGAAAGCAUUUAGUCCAAAGGUACUUUUCACAGGUCGUGGAAUAGAAUUUGAAGGAUCAGUAAUUGCAUUAUUUCACCUUCUUGUGGUAAGAAAAAACAAAUUUGCAGCAAUAUACGAGGCUUUCUUCAGACAAAACCUUCCGAAUCUCUUUUCAUUACUCUCAACUGUGUUUCUGUUUGCAUUUGUUAUAUAUCUCCAAGGAAUGAGAGUAGAGCUUCCAACAGAAUCUUCCCAGGUCAGAGGACAUGUAGCCAAAUUCCCUAUCAAGUUGCUGUACACAUCUACCAUGCCGAUAAUUGCUCAAAACUAUAUAGUUGGACAUAUUUCAUCUAUUUCUUCCUUCCUUUACAAAAGAUGGCCCCAGUAUCUCUUUGUCCGCAUACUUGGCGUUUGGAACACAUCCAAGACUGGAAGGUACACUCCAAUAAGCGGUCUUAGUUAUUAUAUUACAUCUCCAGAGUCCCUUCUGGAGGGCCUAAAGGAUCCGCUUCGAUUUGUCAUCUAUCUUUCCAUUAUGCUUCUGACAUCGGCCAUCCUUAGUACAUCAUGGCUCGAGUUAAACGAGCUAUCCCCUGAAAAAGCCGCUCAGAAACUCAAGGAGUCUCGUAUGAGGCUGAAGGGUGUAAGAGAAACAAACACAGUUCACGUGCUUUCCAGAUACAUUCCAACGGCUGCAUUUCUUGGAGGGAUUCUCACAUCUAUGGUUGUCAUAAUGUCUAAUCUUUUUGACACCAUCGGGAGCGGCACAAACAUCUUCUUGGCCACGUCGAUUGUAAAUCAGUACCUUGAAAUGUUUGCCAAAGAGUCAAUCCAAAAGAACAGUGAAAUAGGUUUUAUCGAGUAA